CCCCUCUCUCCGCUGUCUUCAUCUUUUCCAACCUUUCUCCUCCUUGGUCCUGGCUCCCUACGAAGCCACACCCGUACGGACAAGCGCCGGAGAGUUUGAUAAUUUACUUCAGGUCAACAAAAGGGAAAGAAAAAAAAAAAAAAGUGAGCUCCAGCGACGCCGUAGCAGAAGCUCAGCCCGUGCAGCUGAGAAGGUCCCGCCCGCCUUGCCUGGGCCCCACCUGCCAGGACGCCCGGCGCUCGGCCGGGACCCGCCGCGGCCCGCGGGACACGCGUGGAGGGAUGAGCCCCGGAGGCCGCAGGUUCCUGAGUGGCGUUUUGGACAGGAUGCUUGGUGCCGGGAACCCAGAGCCAGUUUGUUGAAUUACUGUCCCAGCCCCUCGAGUCUCGGGGAAGGUCUGCGGGUGCCUCCCAGGGCCAGCCCAGGUGAAGGCAGCCCUGGAAGCCAAUUUCAAGAACUUUUGCCACAGGUGUAAAAGACUCCACCCUUGCAAAGAUGCUGAAACAGAUACUGUCGGAGAUGUACAUAGAUCCUGAUCUGCUGGCAGAGCUCAGCGAAGAACAGAAACAGAUCCUGUUCUUCAAGAUGAGGGAGGAACAGGUCCGCCGAUGGAAAGAAAGAGAAGCAGCAAUGGAAAAACAGGAGUCCUUGCCAGUGAAACCCAGACCAAAGAAAGACAACGGCAAAUCGGUUCAUUGGAAACUGGGAGCCGACGAGGAAGUCUGGGUGUGGGUGAUGGGUGAGCACCACCUCGAUAAACCCUACGACACGCUCUGUGAUGAGAUCCGUGCCCAGAGGGCACGGCUGAAGUCGGGGCAGGAGGUGCGGGAGCUCAGAAAAACUCAGUCCAGAGAAUUCACCAGCAGCUUGAAACCAAAGUCACACUCCUCCGAUGUGCGGGCACCAGGUGACCGGGAGCCUCGGAGCGUGUGUGAGAAGGCGGCAGAAGAGGGGGGACACGGGCGUGGCCGCGGGCCAGCUUCACCCCUAGAAGAGCAGAAAACGCCUUUGCCCUCCAGUUCCUCAAGAAGUAUUCACCAAAUGUUGGCAGAUUCUAUCAGUCGUAUGAAGGAAUAUGGAUUUCACCAGAAGAAAGAAUCUGUGAAGAAAACACAAGAUGAAGAAGUAAAACAAGUAGAUGAAGAGAGAACCAAGCAGAUUUAUAAGAGCUGGAAAGAAGAUUCGGAGUGGCAGGCCUCUUUGCGAAAAUCCAAGGCAGCUGAUGAGAGGAGGCGCUCCCUGGCAAAACAGGCGCGGGAGGACUACAAGAGGCUGUCCCAGAGGGGGAGAGGCGGCGAGGGGCCACAGAGCCCCCUUGGCGGCCCCCAGAAGCCUCGGAGGCCCCCCCUUCCACCCAAGCCUCAGUUCCUGAGCCCUUCGGGACACCCCUGCAGACCUCUCAGAAACCAGGCAGCGGCAAGGCCGGCGUCCCACUCGGCCCAUGCGGACAUCGUGCGCUGGUUCCGGGAGGAGCAGCUCCCGCUGCGGGCCGGCUACCUGGGCACCUCGGACAGCAUCGCCCCAUGGUUCCACGGUGAGUGCACGGCCCCGCCCCUGGUAGUGGGUGAGCCGGCUCGGCCUCCAGGCACGCAGGGUCAGGGCUGCCUUUCACCUGAGCUGCCCCUGAAGAGGCUCUGACCUUGUUCUCACAGAGCAGCUUUUCCCGGCUUUCUCAGGGAGCUGCUGUCUCACAACCAGAGGCCCACGCCACGGUGGCUCCCAGCACAGGGGUGAUUCAUCACCCCGGACGGGCACCACCACAUUGUAAAGCAAUUAUACUCCAAUAAAGAUGUUAAAAGAAAAAAGAAAAAUGCAGUGAUAUCACAGCAGAAACCCCCAUCCCUUAUCUUCACUAAAUAUAAAAUUAUUUUCUCCUGGUUAUUGCU